AUGUGUUGUACUACACCUGGCACGCCCUUGCUUUGCAAUUCCCAAUUACCAAGCAAGACGGCGGCCCUGGACGGAAUAGGCAGGCCUCAGCGCGGGCGAGACCUGGCGAGGCCAGGCCAGGGCUUCGGAGGAAGGAAGGAGUGUCGUUGCGUUUGUUUGUUUUGGUUGUUUGGUUGCGGGCGGUCGGUUGGUGGUGGUGUUGCUGCGGAUGUGUGCUCGUACAGAGACGGGCUGGUGUUGUGGGCUUUUUUUGGUUCUCCCCGCUAG